AUGCCCACAGUCACAAACGAUACACCAGAGAAGAAGCGAGCCGCAGACCGCCUCUCAUCCCUCAAGAACCACCUCACGAGCACCACCAUGUCCCAACGCCCCUUCAUCACCUGCCACGUCCUCGACACCAUCACCGGCAAGCCCGGAGCGAACAUCUCAGUCAAGCUGAAGCUCGUAUCACCAUUUCACGCUGCCACCGUGCGCUGGACAGCGACGACCAACAGCGACGGACGGGUUCCCGCAUGGACGUCCUCCGUAGAUAUCAACGAGGUCGUCAAGAGCGUAAAAGCGGAGUUGGCAGAUGGAGAGCAGAUGGUGUGGAGUUUGACGUUUGAUACGGAGGCGUAUUUUGGGAGGGGUAAUACUUUCUGGCCGGAAGUCGAGUUGAGGUUUGCGGCGAAGAGGGAGGAGGAGCAUUAUCAUGUGCCGUUGUUGCUGGGGCCUUGGAGUUAUACAACGUACAGGGGGUCGUAG